AUUCGCUUUCAAAAAACUUCUCCCCAUACCUCGUCCAACUACACCAUCAUCCAGCGCUCCCGAACUACCGAUAUCCACCCCGUCGCAACCUCACGACAAAGAAGUGGAUCAUGUCGACAGAGAGGCAAACCAGGUCAAAGAAGAGACAGCGAGUCACCAGGGAUACGACACCACCAAAAGAGCCCUGGUCAAUCUUCAACAAUGACAAAUUCCCGAAAGAGCCAACCCCACCGCAUACGCAGCCCGAAGACGACCUGGAUUGCAAACAGCACGCCGACCCCGAGACGCAGCCCGAGCCUGACAAUUACCUUCCAACACCGGGGAUUGUUGUGAUCGUGGUGACUGUUAUACUGGCUUCGGCCUUGCGGUUGCUGGAUGCAUGGAUGGUGUCUAGAGUACGCUGGCCCUUGUAUUGUGAUGGCGUUAUCGGAGCACCCAUUUAUUUCGAUGUGGGAGCCCCGCCACAGGAUAGCAGCAUAACUACUUCCCCUGGAUUGUGCUGAGUUGUAUAGGACCACAUGUUGAUCGGUUGAGGUUGUUGAAGUUCGGGGUUGGGUCUUCUACGUAUUGUUGGUUGGUUGUGCACGAGAUAGUCUCCGGGAAGGCGUGGGAGGAGGAGUUCGCCAAUGGGUGGGAGAAGACGAGAGUUAGAAUGACUGUUACAAUAGAUUGUUUGAUCUGCAAUGGCAACGCU